AUGGUCUUGAAGAAGGUAUGCAGAGAUAAUGGAGUCGUCUGCACAUACAGGCCUUCUAUGCUUUCUCCAAAUUCCUGGUCAACAUUUAGGCCUUUACGAAAAGAUAGGAAGGUUGGGGUCAGCCUCACACAGAGGGGGAAAGACAUUCCAGAGGGCAAGAGCAACAGCAGAGAAACCCUCCUCCUGGAUCCUGACAGCCAGAAUAAUUGGGCUGAUGGGACCUGCAGCAUACCUCCUCUGAUGGCACAAGUGGUACGGAUCAAUGCUGCUAUGGAGCAAUGCAAUGUUCCAGCAACAGCAAGAAUAAAUUGUGGCCCUGGCCCCAUUACUGAAGCUCAGUGCAGAGGUAAACAUUACUGUUUUGAUUCAAAUGUACUUAAUGUCCCCUGGUGUUUCAAGCCUGCUUCAAGUACAAGAGCACAGAUAGAGGAUAAAGGAAUGGAAUAUAAGACCUGUUUAGUACUAGCUACUGCCUUGUGUUUUGGAUUUGUUUGCCCUCAAAAGGAUAAUCGUCCACCAUAUGCCUGCCAAUGUCUAAUGGAAACCAGUGAAAGAGAGGAAUGUGGAUUUUCUUCAGAAAACAUUACUGCAGAGCAGUGCACAGAAAAUGGAUGCUGCUUUGAUGCAUCGGUGCCUGAUGUCCCCUGGUGCUUCAGACCAUCAGGUGAAAGAGCUUCAGUAACCUAUGCAAGGAAAACAAUUCCAUCUCAAGAAAGAAAGGAGUGUGGCUAUCAAGGGAUCACACGCAAAAGGUGCAAACGAAUUGGAUGCUGCUUUGAUCUAAAGGCAUCUGGUGCACCAACUUGUUUUCAUCCCCCGGUAAAUGAAGCUUCUCAACACUGUGUAAUGGAAGGAAGUGCAAGGCUAGAAUGUGGUUACCCAGGCAUCACCGCUGAGGAAUGCCAAGCAAAGGGAUGUUGCUUCAAUUCAUAUGACAUUAAUACCCGGUGGUGCUUUCAUCCUCUGUCAGACACAGUACCUGCAAGGCUGUGUGGAAUGGCACCCAAGAAACGAGUGUCAUGUGGAACGUCUGACAUCUCUGCUGAUGAAUGCACGGCCAAAGGAUGUUGUUAUGAACAUUACCAGUAUGCCAAAACAGUCCCCUGGUGUUUCCAUCCACAUGAAAAACAAGGAAAUUAUUCUAAUAUGAAGAAUCAGAAGAGGCUCUGGUUAUGUCUAGUUAUUUUAAUUCUAGGUUGCAGCAUACUGCUUGAAGGGGUAACAGCUCCAUCAAAAUGCCGAUGUGACGUUGAUCCCCACAAACGAACCAACUGUGGACCUCCUGGGAUCACAUCCCAGGAAUGUGAAAAUUCAGGAUGUUGCUUCAGUUCAACAGUGCCAGGAGUCCCUUGGUGCUUCAAACCAACCCCUCCAAAAUAUAAAAAGGUGUGUCCUGCAGAUGUGAAACUCCGCAAGAACUGUGGCUACCCAGGAAUCUCUGCCAAUGAAUGCGCAAGGAGAAAGUGCUGUUUUGAGAGCAAACCACCUGGUGUCCCAUGGUGCUUUUUUCAUAUCUUUUCAGAAGAGGAGUGUUAAAAUGAUGCUUCAGGGAGGAACUUUCACAAAAAGCAUGCUUUUGACGGAACUAUUCAAGCACAUGGUAUCCCAUGUGCUGUAGUAAUUUUGGCUUCCACUAUACAUUAAUGCAUCUUUAUAGUAGACAGUUAAUUACAGAUUUUGUCACUUCUUUACAUCUGCCAAAAGCAAUCAUGAUGAUAAAAAGCAAUGUAUUUAUGUUUAUGAAUGCAUUAUAAAUUUGCCUCUUGUACUGAUAUCCAUGCAGUAGCCUACUCAUGAGAUAUUAGCUUUUUGUAACUGAACAUUUCAUUUUUGAGAUGCUCCUGUGAUUAGAAAUAUGUCACCUUAAUAAUAUGCUAUUAAAUCAUGCAAAACAAAUUGAAUGUAACUGUUUGU